AAGUGCAAGGACCGGCAUAAGGAUCCUGGUUCGAGCCCCCAGCCCGGCUCCCCACCUGCAGGGGAGUCGCUUCACCGCCGGUGAAGCAGGUCUGCAGGUGUCUGUCUUUCUCUCCCCCUCUCUGACUUCUCCUUUCUCCAUUUCUCUCUGUCCUAUCCAACGACGAUGACAGCAACCACAAUAACUACAACAACAAAACUACAAGGACAACAAAAAGGGAAAAUAAAUAAUAAUAAUAAUAAUGUAAAAUAAAUAAAAUCUAAAAAAAAAAGUCACGCAUGGCUAGCUCAAGUUUGUUGGCCAGAGACUCGAACCACUGUCUGACAUCACUAACACCAGGUGGGUUUCUUUGUUCUCCUAGUGAUUGGAGCUGGGGGCCCCCUGGCCCUUCCCCAGACCACCGACCAGUGGGAUGACCCCCGUCUGUCCUAUUCCUGCUGGCGUGUCUUCCUAAGUGCCCUCUCCUCCGCCUGGGACAUGCUGCCCGGGACAUGGGCCCUGAGAAUCAGUCUUCGACCUCCGACUUCACCCUGCUGGGUCUCUUCAGCCACACGGAGGCCCCUCAGUUCCUCUUCUCCUUGGUGGUGGCCACCUUUGUCCUGGGACUUCUGGGUAACGCUACCCUCCUCUUCCUCAUCUACCAGGAUCCCCGACUCCACACCCCAAUGUACUUCCUGCUCAGCCAGCUCUCUCUGUUGGACGUGGGGUUCCCCUUGGUGACGGUCCCCAAGAUGGCCUGGGAUUUCCUGCGGGGGCAAGAGUCCAUCCCCUUCUGGGGCUGCGGGGCCCAGAUAUUCUCCCUGACGCUCCUGGGAGUGGCCGAGGGCCUCCUGCUGGCCCUCAUGUCCUACGACCGCUAUGUGGCCAUCUGUCUCCCUCUGCAGUACCCAGUGCUGAUGAGACGUCAGGUGUGCCUGCGGAUGGUGGGGUGCUCCUGGCUCGGGGGGCUCCUCAACGCCUGCAUCCAGACUUCCGUCACCUUGCACUACCCCUACUGCGCCUCCCGCCUGGUGGACCACUUCUUCUGUGAGGUGCCCGCCCUGCUCAAGCUCUCCUGCCAGGACACGUCCCCUUACCAGCUGGCGCUGUCCACCAGCGGGGUGCUGAUCUUGGUCCUGCCCUUGUCGCUGGUGGCCGCCUCCUACAGCCGGGUGCUGAGGGCGGUGGUGGCCAUGCGCUCCCGGGAGGCCCGUCGGAAGGCCUUUGCCACCUGCUCCUCGCACCUGACCGUGGUGGGGUUCUUUUAUGGGGCGGCCGUGUUCAUCUACAUGGUGCCCGGGGCAUACCACAGCCCCCAGCAGGACAACGUGGUCUCUCUCUUCUACAGUCUGCUCACUCCCACGCUCAACCCCCUCAUCUACAGUCUGAGGAAUCGGGAGGUCAGGCUGGCCUUGGUCAAGGUGCUGGUGCGUGGAGCUGGGUUGGGGACCAAGUGA